ACAGUCACAAUGAGCCAAUGUAAACUCAAAUUAUUCAUGAUUAUUCUUAUUUAUGCAGAUCCCAUACAAAGCGAUUCAGUUGAACAACCUGCCUCACAAAAGAGAAAAGAAGGUCAAGAAAUUAUCCUUAUGUGUACCUACAGUUCCAGCAGCUCCUACCCUUGUCUCUUCUGGUACAGACAGUACCCUAAUAGUCCUCUGCAGUUUAUUCUUCGGAGACCUGGCAAAUCUGGAGCUUGUGGUGCAUACCAAGCCCAGGGCUUUAACACAUUUAAAGCGGUGGCUGACUCCUCCAGUACAAGGAUGACCAUAACAAGUCUGGAGCUGAGUGACACGGCUAUGUAUUAUUGUGCUGUUGCUGAUUCCCACAUUGGAAACUGGGUGGUUUCAUGGUGUGUUGAGAGCGAUGCACUUACGUUUGGAACUGGAACAAAGCUCAUAGUGGAACCAGCUGUUGGUACCCCAGUUGCCCCAUCGGUGUUUGUAUUAAAGCCUCAGAAAGGUGACUCUCCCACUGCCUGUCUGGUGAAAGAUUUCACCCCUAAGGAAGAUGUUGAGAUCUACAUGAAUUCCACCCAGAGCAAUUCUGGUAUUAUAAGUGCCUCCCCAGUUGUCUCCCUGAAUGGAACGUACAGCGCUGUACAUGUGGACAGACUGGGGACAGAGGGGCUGCACUGCCAAGCCAAGCACAAAGGAAAAUGGUUCAGAGACCUAGAUACGCCUUUAGAAGCUAAAGAGAUCAGUCCUGAUCCAACAGAAGCGAGCGCUAUUGCAGACCCAGAUCAAAAGUGUGAGCAACCUGCAGCAAAACCCGCAACACCUGCUCUGAGCAACGAGAGGAUAAACAUUCUGUCCGUGACAGUGCUGGGAAUGAGGCUGCUUUUUGCCAAAACAUUGGCUUUCAACCUACUUCUAACCGCCAAAUUCUUUUUACUGUAAGUUUAGAUACACAGAAUGUAUUGAACAGUCAACUGAGAAAAAUAACCAGAUUUCCUGACUGACUGAAAUCAACUUCUGCGUAUUGGUGACUCCCAUAGAAGUUGCUUCGCUUAAUCUUCAUGUGAAUCACUGAAUUCAUUACUACUAUAUAGCUCUAUAAUUCAGAGUACAAUAAGUUUGCAUGCAGUAUAUUUCUAUUUAAAAGAUUUAUAUAGUUUCUUAACAUUUUUUUUUAUUUACUAACACAGUUCUAGAGAUUGUGGGGCAGCUGCCUUAAAAUGGUAUGUAAUACAUAGAAGUGAUUGGUGCAAUACAAUUCCUUAGAGCAAUAGUUCCUAAAAUCUGCAUCUGGCCCCUCUUUGGGACCCUGAAGCAAUGACUGAAGCAUGAAGGCCAGUUAGGGUGCAAUCUGGGUAAAAUGUGUAUUAGAUAUUCUAGAUAUUCCUAGAAGCCCGGUUUGGGUGAAAUUUGAGGUGAAGACAUAUGUACUGUCCUAUGUACUAUCUUAGAUAUUUAGCUUCAUGAAUAGAAUAGUGAUUUCAUAUAUUUGUAAUGUGGUUGCAGUUUAACCUCUGUCUUGAAGGGUCACACCGUUACCCACACCCCUGCUGUCAGACAGUCAACUGAGACGUUAGUCCAAACACAAUCAAAUAUGAUCUUUCAAAUGAAACCUGUAUGCAUCAUAACAGUAGAUAGCGUUAAGCCAUAAUCAUUGUCACAGGGUGGGCACUGAGUUUGUCCGUGAUAUCAACUCCCGCUAGUCAGCGGGCUUUUCUUCCACAAUGACCCACAGGAACCACACUGCCACGUGUAUCGGUUGUACAAUAUUCUAAAUUAAAAAUGAAAGAUUCUGUGUAACUGUGUUUUUGCAACUUGCAGAUAAAUAAACUAAAACAAUAAA